UGCAGCUGUCUCCUCCGCCUCUGCGUCUGUCCCGCUGAGAAGAUGACAGUGGGGAGCCCUGCGGGAGACUCUGGCAGCUCUCAGAGUAGCCAUCAGAUAUUUCCCCCCAAAUCCUCCUCAGACACGGAGGGAGAAGAGGAAUUGUCUGGAGAUGGGCUGGUGUUGCCCAGGGCUGGCAAACUCGAUGAAUUCCUCAGCCUAGAGGAGGAGACGGAUUCUGCUUCUGACUCAGUUGGGAGCUUUUUCGAGACCCUCCAGGUAUUACAGCAGAAGGGCAAGUGGUCUCUGUUGGAAUCCCUGUACCUGUCUGAUCCAGACAGUGAUGAAAACCUCUCUGAAGAUGAGGAGGACCUGGAGAGCUUUUUUCAAGACAAAGGCAGAGGGAAGCCACAGGCCCAGCCCCCCAGGUCUCUGAGGUGUGGCUCCACGAGGCGCUGCAGCUCCCUGAGCAGCCUUCCCUCUGACACUUCCAAGAUUCAGUCCCAGACACACUCGGGCUCCAGGCCUCCAUCCCAGCAUAGAAGUGUCAGCUCCUGGGCAUCAUCCAUCACUGUCCCACAGCCUUUCCGCAUGACACUGAGAGAGGCCCGGAAGAAGGCCCAGUGGUUGGCCUCACCUGCCUCCUUUGAGCGUGAGAGGCAACAGGCCCAGAAACAGGGCCAGGAGGAGGCUGAGUGCCACCGGCAGUUCCGGGCACAACCUGUGCCGGCACAUGUCUACCUCCCCCUGUACCGGGAAAUCAUGGAGUGCAAGGAGGCCCGCAGGCAGGCAGGGAUCCAGAAAAGGAAGGAAGAUCUCCUCUCUUCCUUGAAGCCCUUUAGCUUCCUAGUGAAGGAUGAGCAACGAAAGGAAGCUGUCCAACAGAGGGAGUUGACUGCUACAGCUAAGGCCAAGAUCCCGACGCAGAAGGCCACCAGAAAGAUCCCCAAGUCCAUUCUGGAGCCGGCUCUUGGGGACAAACUCCAGGAAGCUGAGCUCUUCAGGAAAAUUCGCAUCCAGAUGAGAGCUCUGGACAUGCUCCAGAUGGCUGCCUCCCCCUUCACCUCCUCCAGUAGUCGGGCUGAUACACAGCCCCGUACAGCCUCUCGAACCCGAGAGAAGAAGCUUGGCUUUCUGCACACUGACUUUGGAUUCCAGCCUCGGGUGAACCCUGCUGUCCCCGACUACGAGGGCCUUUACAAGGCCUUCCAGAGGAGAGCUGCCAAGAGACGGGACACCCGGGAGGCAACUCGCAACAAGCCCUUCUCGCUGAGAACCUCCAGCCUGCAUCGCUCUCUGCGGCCCUGCGAUGCCACCUCUGGAGAGAGAAGGGAGUCCCCACAGCCACCUACUGCCCCCCGGGCAAGGAGUCGUUCUCUGAGUGGCCUUGCUUCCCUCUCUGCUAACACCCUCCCUGUGCACAUCACAGAUGCCACCAGGAAGAGGGAAUUUGCAGUCAGAAAUUCACUUGAAAAAAGAAACAAAGAGGAUGAGAGUACUCAGUGGCUGGAGAUGCACAAAAAGAAGUGUCAAGCUAUAUCUAAAUCGGUGUCCUUGCGAGCAAAAGCCAUGGACCCCCACAAGAGCCUGGAGGAGGUAUUCAAAGCAAAGCUGAAAGAGAAUCGGAACAAUGACCGUAAAAGAACAAGAGAGUAUAAGAAAGAACUGGAGGAAAUGAAGAAGAGAAUACAAACAAGGCCCUAUCUCUUUGAACAAGUCACCACGAUUUCCUUUUUACAGGACCUUGCCAAGAAAGAAGCAGAACAACGGUAUCGAGACACCCUGAAACAGGCUGGGCUUGAUGAAGAUUUUGUGAGGAACAAGGGUCGGGGCACCCGAGCUGUGCAAUGGAAGGAUCAGUCAGAAGUUGAUGACUAUCACAGCUCCCAUGAAGCUACAAAAUUUGACACCAGAAAUCCCCAGAAUUUAGAAGACUCACUUGAACUGCCUACAACCCCCAAGAAAGAACUGGAGGAGCUGCCUUAUGAAGUGCUAGAUAAUCUCAAAUCGCUUGCUUAAUCAGUACACUUAAAAUUGCUGCUUUUCAGUCAUAGUAAGUAGCCAACUUGGGGUUCAGUCAAAUCAGGAGGUAAAACUUGGACUUGUCAAGUCAUUAUGUCUUAGAGAAUGGGGAAAUGAAAAAUAGCAGGUUAACAGGAAUGGUCUGAAUCAAUCAAAGAGGAGCAGCAAGUGUGGAGUGAUCAUACCAAGUUCUUGCCUUGUCUCACAUUUAAGACUAAAAAACAGGGCACGGCCCUCCCUGGUGGCGCAGCGGGUUAAAGCACUGCACUGAGACGCUCAAGCCACUUCAGCAUGAGUUCGA